AUGGCGACGGUGGUGGUGGAAGGUGGUGGUGGUGAUGGAAAUCUGUGGUGGAAGUCGGUAUCGGUGGAGGUGGAGAUUGCGGCGGCGGUGGUUGAAGGUGGUGGUGGUGGCGGAGGCCGUGGAGAUGUUGGUAGUGGUGGAGGUGGAGAAAUUAUUCAUUGUAAGCGUUGCAACAAUGAUGUGGUACAACAGAAGGCUACAAACACUCCACCAAAGCAUAUAUUUCAGCUUUUUGGUUUUAUUUUAGUGGCGGUAGUGAUAGAUGAGGCAGUGGAAGGUAGUGGAGACGGUAGUGUGAUGGUUAUGGAAGAUAGCUACGGUGGUGGCAGUGGCAGUAACGGUGGUGGAAGUGGUGGAAUGUGGCGGUGGCUAAAGGCAGUGGAGGUGGCAGUGGCUAAAGGCAGUGGAGGUGGCGGCGGUGUGUUGGUUAAAGGUGGCAACAUUGGUGGCGGUGGUAGUGGCAAUAACGGUGGUGGAAGGCAGUGGAAGUGGUGA